ACCAUUGACUGGGAUAGGAUCACUUCAGACUACUAUAGCUGGGAUGCCCUGAAGACACAGGAACGCUGUAAGAUACUGAACGGUACCUGGAAUAACGAUGCCUGUAAGACCUUCUACGCGCCAGAUGUCUUCUUCUUCUGCUGUCUCCUCUUCGUCUCCUGCUUCUUCCUCUCGUACGCGUUGCGCAGCAUUCGCACCUCUCGCUUCUUCCCCACCCGGGUUCGGUCUCUGAUUGCUGACUUCGCCGUCAUGAUUGCCAUUAUAAUAUGCACCCUUGUGGACUACUUCUGUGGAUUCAAUACUCCCAAACUGCGAGUUCCGGAAAACUUUGAGCCAACUUUGGGAUAUGGGAAGCGUACUUGGCUCAUUCCUCCAUUCGCUGGAAAUCCCUGGUGGUCUGCUCUCUUUGCAUUUGGACCGGCUCUUCUGGCCGUAAUCCUCAUCUUCAUGGAUCAACAAAUCACUGCUGUGAUUAUAAAUCGUCGGGAGAAUAAGCUUAAGAAAGGUGAAGGAUACCACUUGGAUCUGCUUAUUGUCGCUAUUACUAUGGCCACAAAUUCCCUUCUCGGCAUCCCCUGGUUCGUGGCAGCAACCGUACUCUCCAUCAACCACGUGCUCUCCUUAAAGAAAGUAUCCGAGUCUGCGGCUCCGGGUGAACAACCCGUCUUCCUCGGAUGCAGAGAACAACGUGUUACCGGUUUCUUCAUCUUCCUCUUCAUCGGCCUCUCCGUCUUCAUGUCUAGAGUUCUACGUCUUAUUCCGAUGGCCGUCCUCUAUGGCGUCUUCCUGUUGAUGGGAAUAACUUCGUUGAAUGGUCUACAGAUUAUCCAACGCUUUUUGCUCAUAUUUAUGCCUGGCAAGUACCAACCGGACUAUCCUUACCUGAGUCAUGUUCGACUUUGGCGCGUGCACCUCUUCACUAUGAUCCAAGUGUUGUGUCUGGCGCUCCUGUGGGUCAUCAAGUCGAUCAAGGAGAUCUCCAUCCUCUUUCCACUCAUGCACGAAAUGCAUUGGCUAGAUGACAUCCUGCCUGAAUCCUCUUGCUCUCGCAAGAAAAAGAAGCCGGCCUUACCAGAGUCUAACAGCAAGACGACCGUCGUAAGAAUGCUCUCUUGCCUGCCUUUUGGCUCUUUCCUUUUUCUGUCGAUGCCGCUUUCCGGUCUCAUAUUCAUUCCAAUUUGGAAUUAA